UAACUAAUUAUGGUACGUACGUAACCCAAUCAGUAGCAUUCGUACCUGUAUGCAUGUUAGACGAAAUCUGUGUCCUACUGUGAUUUGAAUAGAGUUGCAUCUUUUAAGGCCUGGCAUUUUAUCAAUUGGAGAGGAAAAGAUGGAUGCAAACGAGUUUCGAGAGGCGGCACAUGCAGCCAUAGAACACAUUAUUGGCUACUGUCAGUCUCUUUCUGAUCGCCCUGCGCUACCGGACUCUUCAAUACAUCCCGGAUAUCUGCGCCCAUUGCUCCCGGAUUCUGCACCACAAGAGCCGGAGAAAUGGGACGCUAUUCAACCAGACAUCGCGUCCAAGAUCGUGCCGGGCCUUACUCAUUGGCAAUCCCCAAGCUUCAUGGCAUUCUUCCCAGCGAACAGCUCCUAUCCAGGAAUGCUCGGUGAGCUGUACUCGGCAGCUUUCAGCGCUCCAGCAUUCUCCUGGAUUGCCAGUCCCGCCAUCACAGAGCUCGAAACGGUCAUGAUGGACUGGGUGGGACAGGCGCUCGGUAUGCCGGAGUGCUUCCUUAGCUCCGGUGGUGGCGGCGGCGUCAUUCAAGGCAGUGCCAGUGAAGCCGUGGUUAUUGCUCUCGUCACCGCUAGGGAGAGGAUCCUUCGCCAACGGGCCGGCGAGCCCCCGGGAGGAAUGGAUCCUCGCACUGACGAGGAUUGGGCUGCAGAAGAGGCUCGGGAGGACAAGCUUGGAGACAUCCGAAGCAAGCUGGUUGCGUUGGGGAGCGAAUGUGCACACUCUGCAACCGCUAAAGCUGCGAGAAUCGCUGGAACAAGAUACCGCAGCGUUCCUGUCAGCCGCAAUAAUGAUUUCGCGAUGACUGGGGCGGACCUAAAAGCGGCUUUGGAACAUACGAAGAGCGCAGGCCUCGUGCCAUACUAUCUGACUGUGAGUUUAGGCACUACAAGCACUUGUGCGGUGGACCGGUUCGAAGAGAUCGCAGAAGUUCUCAAAGAUUGGCCUGAGAUUUGGGUUCAUGUUGAUGCAGCAUAUGCCGGAUCAGCGAUGAUAUGUCCAGAACUGCGGUAUCAUUUGAAAGGCGUGGAACAUUUUGAUAGCUUCGACUUCAACAUGCACAAAUGGCUGUUGACCAACUUCGAUGCAAGUAUCAUGUUUAUUAAGAACCCACAGCAAGUGACGGCAUCCCUCUCGAUCACUCCCCCAUUUUUGCGCAACAAAUGGUCGGAUGCCAGCCUAGUCACAGACUACCGCGACUGGCAGAUUCCACUUGGCCGCCGUUUCCGCUCUAUCAAGAUCUGGAUUGUCCUCCGCACGUACGGUAUCGCUGGCCUCCAAGCACACAUUCACAAAGGUAUUCGCCUUGGAGAACAGUUUGAUGGCUGGCUACGUGAACGAUCUGACUUGUUCGAAAUCGUCACGGCCGCCAAUUUCGGCUUGGUCGUCUUCACAGUUAAACCUCGGGACCCCAAGGGCGCAACGGACCAGGAGGCCGCAAACACGGUCACUGAAGCAGUCUACGAAGCAAUCAAUGCGAGUGGAGAGCUCUUCUUGACGAGCACGAAGCUGGGAGAUGUGUAUGCCAUCCGGGUGGUAAAUGGCAAUGAACUUGGCUCAGAGAAGCAUAUGCGGAAGGCGUUUGAUCUUGUUGUCAAGAUUUCGGAGCAGGAGAGAACCAAUGGCGACGUCAACACUGAGAUAGAGGUCCACGAGCGAGUGGAUAUGGACCCAACUGCAGGAAAACUUGAACUAGAUGGGACUGCUUGAGCUUUGAACGCUGUUGGGCAAGCAUAUGAAUUGAAUUUUGAAAACGGC